CCCGCUCCCCUCUCCGCAGAGCUAAUAUGGUCGCCGGCGAUGGACGCUCUCAGGCCAGGAAGCCCUUACCAGCCCAUAAUUGAAGAACUAAGAAACUAUCCACAAAAGAGGUUCUACAAUGUCUCAAAGCUUGGAGGCACCAAGUAUGAUGUUCUGCCUUAUUCCAUACGAGUGUUGUUUGAAUCCAGCAUCCGUAACUGUGAUGGCUUCUUGGUGAAAGAAACAGAUGCUAUGAACAUUUUAGACUGGAAAACAAAACAGAACGAUGUCGAAGUGCCCUUCUGUCCUGCCAGAGUUGUUCUUCAAGAUUUUACCGGAAUUCCAGCGAUGGUGGAUUUUGCUGCCAUGAGGGAAGCAGUAAGAAAUGCUGGAGGAGAUCCUGUGAAAGUCAAUCCUGCCUGCCCAACUGAUCUCACUGUUGACCAUUCUUUGCAGAUUGAUUUCAGCAAAUGUGCAAUACAGAACGCCCCGAACCCUGGGGGCGGUGAGGCGCAGAAGCCGACAGCAAAGCUUUCUCCGCUGAAGGGACAGCCACGGAAACUGCCGUGCCGGGGUCAGAGCAGCUGCAAGGGGCCCUGCAGUGCUGGAGAGCUGAGCCGCGCCUCGGGGCAGUUCUCUGCGCAGAUAGAGAACACACCAAUCCUCUGCCCUUUCCACCUUCAGCCAGUGCCUGAGCCCGAGACAGUAUUGAAAAAUCAAGAGAUGGAAUUUGGCAGAAAUAGAGAGAGGCUUCAAUUUUUUAAGUGGAGUUCAAAAGUUUUCAAGAAUACUUCCAUAAUACCACCAGAGACUGGAAUGGCACACCAGGUUAAUUUGGAGUAUCUAUCAAGAGUUGUAUUUGACGUGAAAGAUUUCCUAUAUCCAGAUAGCGUGGUUGGCACAGAUUCUCAUACAACCAUGGUAAAUGGCUUGGGUAUCUUGGGCUGGGGUGUCGGGGGAAUUGAAACAGAAGCUGUGAUGCUGGGGAUGCCGGUUACUCUCACUCUGCCUGAGGUGGUUGGGUGCGAACUGACAGGCACAGCCAGCCCACUUGCUACGUCCAUAGACAUUGUUCUAGGCAUUACAAAGCAUCUUAGGCAAGCUGAAGUCGCUGGAAAAUUUGUUGAGUUCUUUGGGAGUGGAGUUUCCCAACUGUCUGUGGCAGAUCGAACCACAAUAGCAAAUAUGUGUCCCGAAUACGGUGCUAUUCUGAGCUUUUUCCCUGUUGAUAAUGUGACGUUGAAGCACUUAAGGCAUACAGGUUUCGAUGAGGCCAAGCUUGAGGUUAUGGAAGCGUAUCUUAAAGCUGUGAAGCUAUUUAGAAAUGGUGAGAGUUCUUCCAGAGAACCCGAGUAUUCCCAGGUAGUGCAAAUUAGUUUAAGUUCUAUAAUUCCACAUGUCAGUGGCCCCAAGAGAUCCCAAGAUAGAGUGGCUGUCAAUAACAUGAAAAGUGACUUCCAAACGUGCUUAAAUGAAAAGGCUGGUGUUAAAGGGUUUCAGAUUGCAGCUGAGAAACAGAAUGACGUUGUACCUGUUCAGUAUGAAGGAAACCAAUACGAGCUAUCUCAUGGCUGUGUUGUCAUUGCUGCAGUCAUCAGCUGUACAAAUAACUGCAAUCCGUCUGUCAUGCUUGCUGCAGGACUUCUGGCCAAAAAGGCAGUUGAAGCUGGCCUAGAGGUGAAGCCCUACAUAAGAACUAGUCUAUCACCAGGCAGCGGAAUGGUUACACAUUACCUCAGUUCCAGUGGAGUAUUACCAUACCUCAGUAAGCUUGGGUUUGAGGUUGUUGGUUAUGGGUGUUCAACAUGUGUUGGAAACACUGCUCCCCUUCCAGAAGCCAUCAGGAAUGCAAUAAAGCAGGGUGAUAUCAUUGCCUGUGGAGUGCUGUCUGGAACAAAGAACUUUGAAGGACGUCUCUGCGACUGUGUCCGUGCCAACUACCUUGCGUCUCCCCCACUCGUAGUUGCGUAUGCUAUUGCAGGCACUGUUAGAAUAGACUUUGAGACUGAGCCUUUGGGCACUGGCUUUAAUGGCAGAAGUAUCUACUUAAGGGAUAUUUGGCCCACAAGAAAAGAGCUACACACAGUGGAGGAAGAAUGUGUGAUAUCAUCUAUGUUUAAGGAAUUGAAAGAAAAAAUGGAGAAAGGAAACAAACGAUGGAAUUCACUGGAAGCACCUGAGUCACCUUUAUUUCCCUGGGACUUGAAAUCCACUUAUAUCAGAUGUCCUUCCUUCUUUGAUAAACUUGCCAAAGAACCAGUUUCGCUGCAGCCGAUUGAAAAUGCCCACGUCUUGCUGUAUUUGGGAGAUUCUGUAACUACAGAUCACAUAUCUCCUGCUGGAAGCAUUGCAAGGAGUAGUGCUGCUGCUAAGUACCUGACUAACAAAGGACUCACACCUCGGGAAUUCAACUCGUAUGGCGCUCGACGGGGUAACGAUGCUGUGAUGACGAGGGGUACAUUUGCUAACAUCAAGCUUCUGAACAAGUUCAUAGGAAAACCAGCUCCUAAAACAAUUCACUUCCCAUCAGGACAAACGCUAGAUGUGUUUGAAGCAGCAGAAUUGUACCAGAAGGAAGGCAUUCCUGUAAUUAUUUUAGCAGGAAAGAAGUACGGACUGGGCAGCUCGAGAGACUGGGCAGCAAAAGGGCCUUUUCUACUGGGUGUUAAAGCUGUCCUAGCUGAAAGCUAUGAAAAAGUCCAUAAAAGUCAAUUGAUUGGAAUUGGCAUAGCUCCACUUCAGUUUCUUCCUGGAGAAAAUCCAAAUACUUUGGGUCUCACUGGCAGAGAGCAGUUCUCUAUAUUAUUCCCUCCAGAGCUGUCACCCAAAAUGACUUUGGAUAUUAAGACAAGCACUGGAAAAGUGUUCAGCGUGUUUGCCUUGUUUGAAAACGAUGUGGAGAUAACUUUAUACAAAAAUGGUGGAAGUCUAAACUUUGUGGCUCGAAGAUUCUUAUAGUAGCUACUGACUGUAUGGGUACCUCGCACUAACUGGUAACUCUGAAAAUGCCUUGUGUGAACCCAGGAAUCUGUACUGUGGAACUGCAGACAGCCCUAGUGUGCUCUAAGUUACUUCGUCCAUGGAUGUAAAAGAUUGUGAAUCAUUGUAACUGCAAACAAGAUCCUUCCUGAUUUUAAAUAAUAUUCCAAUGGUGCUAUUAAACAUUGCUAAAAUUGACGUGUGUUGUGGCAGAGAGAGCUGUAAGUAUGGAGGGGAUGUUUUCUCAGACCAUUUUGUAAAUAAACCGUGUGAAAUCUCAAA